UUUAUAUUCUCUGCUCUUGCCUCUAGAUUUAUAGGCUAUCCAUUCCACUCGACAUCCCUCUCUCAGCAAAAGUGUUUGCUUUGGGACUCUCUCUCUCUCUCUCUCUCUCUCCCUCCCCCUCUCCUGGGCAAGUGACCAUUGACAAUCGGCGUCGUUUUUCCACACACAAAAUGUGAUUGAAGUCUCUCACUUUGGGUUUUGUUUCCGAAUUCCGAUAUGACCAUUGCUCCCUCUUUUAUCCUCACAAAACACAACCACCACUCCCACUUACGCAACAGCCACCGUCAUCGCCACCGUCGACCUGCUUCCCCAAAACCCACACUCAAGUUCACACCUUUAGUCAACACCCAAAUUUUAAAAAUUGACCCAUGAUCUUCUCUCGCAGCGACGACGAUUAGUGUUUCGACCCACCACCCCGGCGGCGGCGGCGGAUAUGGAUCACCGCGACCCCAACCAGUCCCGCCUCAUCGGAGACUACAUACUGGGCCCCAAAGUCGGGUCGGGUUCCUUCGCGGUUGUUUGGCGCUCACGGCACCGACGACUCGGCACUGAAGUUGCCGUCAAAGAAAUCGACAAGAAGCCGCUCAGCCCAAAAGUCAGCGACAACGUACUCAAAGAAAUAUCCAUUCUCAGCACCAUCAACCACCCCAACAUCAUGCGCCUUUUCGAGGCCAUCGAGACCGAGGACAGAAUCUACCUUGUGCUGGAGUACUGUGACGGCGGCGACCUGGCGGAUUAUAUUCGCCGACAUGGGAAGGUUUCAGAAACUGUUGCCAGGCACUUUAUGAGGCAAUUGGCUGCAGGCCUGCAAGUGCUUCAAGAAAAGCACCUCAUUCAUAGGGAUUUAAAACCGCAGAACUUACUCUUGUCAACGACGGUUGAAGAUACCCCACUGUUGAAGAUUGGGGAUUUUGGUUUUGCAAGAUCCCUCAUUGGGGGCUUGGCUGAUACACUAUGUGGUUCACCACUGUACAUGGCUCCAGAGAUUAUUCAGAACCAAAAGUAUGAUGAAAAGGCUGAUUUGUGGAGCGUUGGAGCAAUUUUGUUUCAGCUGGUGACCGGGAAGCCACCAUUUGAUGGGAAUAAUCAUGUACAGCUUUUCCAAAAUGUUCUGACAUCGACUGAGCUGAGGUUUCCAGAUGGUGCUUUAGAAGAAUUGCAUCCAGAUUGUGUAGAUCUCUGCAGAAGCCUGUUACGUCUAAAUCCAGCUGAGCGACUAUCAUUUACGGAGUUCUUCAAUCACAAAUUCCUCAGAGAUUCUAGGUAUCAAGUGGAUGUUGGUCACCCUUCAGUGCUUCCACCGCGUCAAUCCACGGUCGAACAGCCUAGUUCUUCUGUCUCCGACAAUAUACUGCAAAUGCAUUUCUGGCAAACUACCAACUCAUCUAUUACCCGAGAUCCAAACUCGCAGGAUCAGCUUCGAGUUUCUGAUUCAAUGGAGUCCAUCGAGAAGGACUAUGUUAUGGUUGAUUCUUUCUCUCAUUACCUUGAAUCUUCCCUGCCACUUCAUUCCACAACGGGAGCUUCUCUCAAGGCUUCAAAGCAGAAAGAUCGUGAUAAAACAGUUAUAGUGAAAACCGAGGAGCAGCUAGCUAGUUCUGUGGGUGCAGAAAGUUCACAAACUAGCGGAUCAGCUAAAUUACCAGCAUCUUGUGAAUCAACACUGUUACUAGAAGUGCAAGGACUCUCUAUACUGCAUCCUUCUACUAGGCUCCAUCUUUUACAUCAGUAUGCUCAGGUUCUUGCAGACUUGUCGCAGGAAAAGUACAAUGCAGGACUAUUUCUAGACUCGUUUUCGGUUCAACUUCUUGUUUUGGCCAUAUGGAAGAAAUCUAUUCAAAUUUGCAGCACUUGGCUGGCAUCAUCUAAAGAGGAUAAAUCACCUGAAGGUAGCUCAGCGAAUGAAUCCUUGCAGGGAGGUGCAGCCUUAUCAACAAAAGCCUCAGAAAAUGUAGAUUUUAGCCGGCCUUCAUCUGUUUUGAUGUGGGCAGAGCAAGGUUUCAUUGAUGCUGUUGAUCGAGCAGAGAAGCUAUCCUAUCAUAUCCAAGAAAUGGAUGCAGGUGCUGCUGAAUUGCCGGAUGCCAUGGAAAUUAUUUACCAAAAAGCGCUCAAAGUUGGCACAAGUGGUGCUGUAGACGAAUACAUGGAGAACAAAGGCAGUGUCGAAGCAUUGUACUCCAAGGCUAUGCUUCUCCUUUCUUUUAUUGCAGGAGAAGCAACGUCUCUGCCACUAACACCUCCGUUUUCCCUAACUCCUGCCAACAAGCAGCGAAUCCAACAAUAUAUUCAGAACUUGGAGUCCCGUCGGAUCAACUUUCUGAAAUCACAGCCUGCUCCUGUGCAAGCCCGCGGCUCCUCGGCAAAGUAAAUAUGACUGCCUCUGUACAGCCCUUAUUGACAAACCGGCUUUUUCUGUGUAUAUUACUGGUAUGGGGGUAAAUCGUGGUCAGAUCGGAGGGAAGUUUUGAACUCUGGGGGGAUGAUCGUGAGACAUAUAUAUAUAUAUAUAUAUACACACACACAUAUAUCUACUGGAUAGGGGACUGUAUAUAAUAUAGCCUGUGCAGGGAAGGCAAAUGUGGAAGGAAGGAGAUGGCCUUUUUUGCAUGAGUUUAUGUAAAUUAAGUUCUCUAUUCUUUAUAUGGAAACAGAACAACUGUAAAUAUGGAAUGGUGGUAAUUUCUCCCUUGUAAAUUAAAUGCCAAAUUUCACGCUU